AUGCUUAUACUCUGGCUCUCUUUGGCGCGAUUAUAUGUUUUGGAGCAGAACUGGAACUUCAAUCUCCGGAAGCGAUCGGGCCAAACUACCCUUGCGAGACGGGAGGUUGCGAUUCUAAUCCAUGGAGAUGUCAGAGACCCUGUUUCUGCAGUGCAGAAGCAGGGCGAAAAUGCCUUAAUCCCUAUAAAACUUAUUCUGUAA